CGAUCGCUCCGACGCUAUUCCUGCGGUGGCCGACAGGUGGCGCGCUCGCACCCGUGAAUAAGCAGAAUUGAUGCUCUCUGUUUUGUCGAGUGUCACACAGCGAACAGCACUGACCUGGUUUUAAACCGCGGCGCAUCAUCUAUCGGCCAUCACGCUGGAGUGUAAAGUGGGUUUGGUCGAUUAGACUUUUAGGGGGAAUCUGAAUAUCUGCGGGCUUAGUUUUUCACCCCCUGCCUGCGCUGGAUCUCCGGAGAGGGGGCGGAUUUCAGCAUCCCUCAGCCUCCGCCUGCCCCUUUGGCUCGCUCCGACGCGGCGGUGAGGCAGUGGCAGUCGCGCAUCGAGGGUGGGGGGGGCGGACAGACAGGGGCGAUGGCCGCCGGUGGAGGAUGCGGGGGAUCGGUGGAGCAGUACCGGGCCGACGUGGAGCGGCUCACCCAGGAACUUGCCGAGGCGAACCGGGAGAAGAUCCGAGCCGCGGAGUACGGUCUGGUGGUGCUGGAGGAGAACCAGGCUCUGAAGCAGAAGUAUGUCGACCUGGAGACCGACCAGGAGACCCUCAGGAAGGAGUUGGAGCAGCUGCAGGAGGCGUUCGGCCAGGCCUACUCCAACCAGCGUAAGGUGGCGGAGGACGGAGAGACCAACGAGGAGACGCUGCUGCGGGAGUCGGCGUCCAAAGAGGCCUACUACGUGGGGCGAGUGUCAGAGCUGCAGGCCGAGGUGACGCUGAGCCAUUCGGUGGCGUCCAACGCCCGGUCGGAGAGCGAGCGGCUCAACGCGCUGGUGCAGGAGCUGCGAGAGAGCAAUGAAACGCUGGAGCUGCAAAGGAGCCGGAUGAGGGAGGAGAUCAAGGAGUACAAGUUCAGAGAGACCCGGCUGCUCCAGGACUACACCGAGCUGGAGGAGGAGAACAUCACUCUGCAGAAGCUGGUCUCUACACUGAAGCAGAACCAGGUGGAGUACGAAGGCCUGAAGCACGAAAUCAAGGUGCUGGAGGAGGAGACGGUUCUCCUCAACAGCCAGCUGGAAGACGCGCUGCGCCUGAAGGAGAUCUCCGAGGCUCAGCUGGAGGAGGCCUUGGACGCCCUCAAGAGCGAGCGCGAGCACAAGAACAACCUGCGGAAGGAGCUGGCCCAUCACAUCAGCCUGAGCGACAGCGUGUACGGAGCCGGCGCCCACCUGGCGCUCACCGUCACCGGCGUCGAGGGCCUCAAGUUCCCGGAGGACGCGAACGGGACCGGCGGCACCAACGGCGGCGCCGUCCCCGCCGCCAACGGCAACAAUGAGGACAACAACCGGCGCAACGGGCAGCUCCACGCGGCCAAGAUCAACGGGGAGUACUGCCCGGGCCGGAAGGCGGAGGGCCUGCACCCGGUGCCGGACCUGUUCAGCGAGCUCAACCUGUCAGAGAUGCAGAAGCUGAAGCAGCAGCUGCUACAGGUGGAGCGGGAGAAGGCGGCGCUGCUCAUGAACCUGCAGGAGUCCCAGACCCAGCUGCAGCACACGCAGGGCGUCCUGACGGAGCAGAACGAGCAGGUCCACCGCCUCACGGAGCGCGUCAACGCCAUGAAGUGCCUCAACGGGGACAAAGAGCUGGACGACCCGAAGCAGCGCGAGAAGCCCGACGGCGGCGCCGCGUCCCCGCCGGCCGGCGGCCGCCGCGAGCCCGACGUCCACGGGUUCGAGAUCCUGGAGAGCAAGUACAAGGUGGCGGUGACGGAGGUGAUCGGACUGAAGGCCGAGCUCAAGGCCCUGAAGGAGAAGUACAACCAGGCUGUGGAGGGACAGGGAGACUGCCACAGCGACGACAAGCUGCAGGCCUUGAGUGAACAGGUCACUCGCCUGGAGCGCAGCUGCCGCGAGGGCCGGGAGCGGGCGGCGAGCCUGGAGGCGGAGCUCCGCGGCGCCGCCGGCGCGGCCGCGGAGAGCCACGGCCUGCUGAACGCGGCGCAGGACGAGCUGGUGACGUUCAGCGAGGAGCUGGCGCAGCUCUACCACCACGUGUGCCUGUGCAACAACGAGACGCCCAACCGCGUCAUGCUGGACUACUACCGGCAGAGCCGCGUCACGCGCGGCGGCAGCCUCAAGGGCUCCGAGGACCCGCGGGCCCUGCUCUCGCCCCGCCUGGCCCGGCGCCUGGCCGCCGUGUCCGCCGCCUGCUCCCCCGAGGCCAAAGACGCCCACCAUCACCACGGCGACGCGGCCGCGGCGGACCCCCCUUCCGGCCACGGCAGCCCCACCCGCCACCCGUGCCCGUCGCCGGUGCCCCCGGAGGCCGGCGGGGACCUGCGGAAGGAGCCCAUGAACAUCUACAACCUGAACGCCAUCAUCAGAGACCAGAUCAAGCACCUGCAGAGGGCCGUGGACCGCUCGCUGCAGCUGUCCCGGCAGAGGGCGGCGGCCAGGGAGCUGGCGCCGAUGCUGGAUAAGGACAAGGAGGCGUGCAUGGAGGAGAUCCUCAAGCUCAAAUCCCUCCUCAGCACCAAGAGAGAGCAGAUCGCCACUCUCAGGCUGGUGCUCAAAGCCAAUAAGCAGACAGCAGAGGGUGCGCUGGCCAACCUAAAGAGCAAGUAUGAAAACGAGAAGGCCAUGGUAACGGAGACCAUGAUGAAGCUGAGGAACGAGCUGAAGGCGCUGAAAGAAGACGCCGCCACCUUCUCCUCCCUCAGGGCCAUGUUCGCCACGAGGUGUGACGAGUACGUGACCCAGCUGGACGAGAUGCAGAGGCAGCUGGCGGCGGCGGAGGACGAGAAGAAGACGCUGAACUCGCUGCUGCGCAUGGCCAUCCAGCAGAAGCUGGCGCUGACGCAGCGCCUGGAGGACCUGGAGUUCGACCACGAGCAGAUCCACCGCGGCCGCGGGGCCAAGGUGCCCAAGAUCAAAAGCAGCCCGCCCAAAUUUCUUGUAGAUUGUCAGCAGCCUGCUGCCUCAGUACCGUCACUCUCCCCGCAACUGAGGCGAGGGCGAGCCUCCGUAGCCCGCAGACCUAAACCUGUGACGGACCUCCAGGACCGCCGGGCUGCCCUGUCCGGCAGCAGGGGCCUCCUCUCCCCGUGUGACCCCCGUAACUGUCUGACCCAGCAACCCCAGCCGCCCGGCACCUAGCUCACCUCUGCAGCCCGGGUCCUGGCCUUGGUCUGAGCAGAGACAGAGACACUCUGGAAGGGGGCACCCCCCCCCCCAAACCUAGCAGUCCAGCCUGGUGCUUACUGACCUCCGUACCCACCCCCAAGCUAUCUGACCCAGCCACAGCUGGUCUCCUGGUUACCUGGGUCGCAGAACACGAGCCGAACACUCUCAUCCUCUGGAGAAGUGGCAUCCUGUGUCGGAAAAGACUGAAGUGGGGCUCAAAUGCCAGAGACCCUAAUCAUGGGAACCUUUUACCUUAUUCCCAUUAGUAUUUAUUUGUAAUUAUUUAUUUACUUAUUGAUUUGUGACUUGUUUCAGAGAUAUUUAUUACUGGAAUGUGUUUGUUUGUUUGUUUGUUUGUUUGUUUGUUUGUUUGUUUGUUUGUUUGUUUGUUUGUUUGUUUGUUUGUUUGUUUGUUUGUUUGUUUGUUUGUUUGUUUGUUUUUGCCAUUUUUCCCGUGUGGUUAACCUUUUGGUGAUCGCACACACCAUUUGGCACAUUUAAUACUGGACACAAACGUUUCUGCUCUGUUUAACAGGAAAACAGCUGAACUUGCUAUUUACAAAAGUUCCUACUGGUCUAGUAAACAGGUUCAAUUGCCUGUUGUUUCAAUAUUUAACUUAGAUUUUGUCACUAUAAUAAUCACUAAUAUACAGGAUAUGUCAUUUUUACAGAAUGGGAGGAUGUUGGCUUUGUUACGUGCAGGUAAACAUCUUAUUACAGUUUCUUGUUUUGGUGACAGGUGGAUUUAAUCAAGCUUUUCCUUGUGAAACUUGUGGUUUUUAUACAAUUUAUUUUGCAAAUCAUGUGUGUAAAAACUAUUUUAUACUUCUUUUUUGUUUAUUUAUUUUUUACAAAAGGGGGGGUCAGUGUUGUUGUGUCUGUAACAGACCUCCGAUCUCUUCAGAGACUGGAGUUGAUAAGUGGUUUUGCUUUUUGAGUUUCGCAGGUUCAAGUGGAUGGAUGUUAGCUGAGAAGCUUAUUCUCUCCAUAAAGUGUUCUCUGUCCUUUUUUUUAAUUGCAUCAAUCACAACCAACGCAUCCAUGUCGCCAGUCCUCCAAACCACCCUUGUCUGUGAUUGUACCAUGUAGCUGUAUGCAGUACAGACCAAGCACAAUUAUGCACUGUGCGUUCUCGCAAUGCAGGAGCACCGGCCAUGGAGUGAAGUGGUUCAUAGGACUGACCUUGUCUUUCAGUCAGUUGUGUCAAAAUGAGCUAACCAGCAGGCUGAAGGGUAAAAGCAGAGUGUCCCCAGCUUACAUCAGCAAUAAUGGGGACACGGAUACAGCGCCGUUGUCCGUUUCCUUUAACGCUGACUAGAUGUUUCUGAAAUGGAUGUAACGUGUGAGCUUGUUGCAUAAUUGAAGCCCAUUUGCUCCAUCUUUAUGCUCCUAGAACGCCUUCAACGCCUCCUGAACUGAACACGUACUUUAGCCAUAUAGUCGGAUGAAUGGGUUGGUUUGAAAUGCUCUGGGAAUAAGCGGAGCCUUCCUGCGGUUCACACUGUUGGCUGCGACCAGAGCACGCGACUGCAGAGCGAUCCGUGUUUGUUGUCCCAACCAUGCUGGCCCAUAGGUGAGCCGGCUCUCCUGGUUUGUUUGCACAAUAUAGCAGAGGAUGGAGAAGCACUAUCCCCAUAAUAAACAGCCUGUGGUUUGAAGGCGGCGAUGGCUGGAAUGAAGCAGGUUUCCUCCGUAUCAGACCGUGUUUAGCUGGUUUCACACGUCAAUAAAAGACAUGUCCUUGAA